AUGAAGCUGAAAAAGCAGGUGACAGUGUGUGGGGCUGCUAUCUUCUGCGUGGCUGUCUUCUCGCUCUACCUCAUGUUGGACCGAGUACAACAUGAUCCUGCUCGACACCAGAACGGUGGGAACUUCCCCCGGAGUCAGAUAUCUGUGCUGCAGAACCGCAUUGAACAGCUGGAGCAGCUCUUGGAGGAGAACCAUGAGAUCAUCAGCCACAUCAAGGACUCUGUGCUGGAGCUGACAGCCAACGUGGAGGGCCCGCCCGCCCUGCUGCCCUACUAUGUGGCCAACGGCUCCUGGGUGGUGCCCCCAGAGCCCCGGCCCAGCUUCUUCUCCAUCUCCCCUCAAGACUGCCAGUUUGCUUUGGGGGGCCGAGGCCAGAAGCCAGAGCUGCAGAUGCUGACUGUGUCAGAGGAGUUACCGUUUGACAACGUGGAUGGCGGCGUGUGGAAGCAAGGCUUUGACAUCUCUUACAGCCCCCGCGACUGGGACACCGAAAGCCUGCAGGUGUUCGUGGUCCCCCACUCUCACAAUGACCCGGGCUGGCUCAAGACCUUUGACAAGUACUACACAGAACAGACCCAACACAUCCUCAACAACAUGGUGUCCAAGCUGCAGGAGGACCCCCGGCGGCGCUUCAUCUGGGCAGAAGUCUCCUUCUUCGCCAAGUGGUGGGACAACAUCAGUGCCCAAAAGAGAGCAGCAGUCCGAAGGCUGGUGGGAAACGGGCAGCUGGAGAUUGCAACAGGAGGCUGGGUGAUGCCAGACGAGGCCAACUCCCACUAUUUUGCAUUGAUUGACCAGCUCAUUGAGGGCCACCAGUGGCUGGAGAAGAACCUGGGUGCAACCCCACGCUCAGGCUGGGCGGUGGACCCCUUUGGGUACAGCCCCACCAUGCCUUACCUGCUGCGCCGUGCCAACCUGACCAGCAUGCUGAUUCAGAGGGUGCACUAUGCCAUCAAGAAGCACUUCGCUGCCAGCCACAGCCUGGAGUUCAUGUGGAGGCAGACCUGGGACUCGGACGCCAGCACAGACAUCUUCUGCCACAUGAUGCCUUUCUACAGCUACGAUGUCCCCCAUACGUGUGGCCCGGAUCCCAAAAUCUGCUGCCAGUUCGAUUUCAAGCGCUUGCCUGGUGGGCGUAUCAGCUGCCCGUGGAAGGUGCCGCCCCGGGCUAUCACGGAGGCCAAUGUGGCCGAGAGGGCAGGCCUGCUCCUGGACCAGUACAGGAAGAAGUCCCGGCUCUUCCGGAGCAACGUGCUCCUGGUGCCGCUGGGCGAUGAUUUCCGCUAUGACAAGCCCCAGGAGUGGGACGCCCAGUUCUUCAACUACCAGCGGCUCUUCGACUUCCUCAACAGCAAGCCUGACCUCCACGUGCAGGCCCAGUUUGGCACCCUCUCCGACUAUUUUGACGCUCUCUACAAGAGGACAGGGGUGGAGCCGGGGGCCCGGCCUCCAGGUUUCCCUGUGCUGAGCGGGGAUUUCUUCUCCUACGCCGACCGGGAGGACCACUACUGGACAGGCUAUUUCACCUCACGGCCUUUCUACAAGAACCUGGACCGAGUCCUGGAAGCGCACCUGCGGGGCGCAGAGAUUCUGUACAGCCUGGCUGUGGCUCACGCCCGUCGCACUGGACUGGCCAGCCAGUUCCCGCUCUCGAACUUCGCCCUUUUGACGGAUGCACGGCGCACUCUGGGGCUCUUCCAGCACCACGACGCCAUCACGGGCACCGCCAAGGAGGCCGUUGUGGUGGACUAUGGGGUCAGGCUUCUGCGCUCCCUUGUCAGCCUGAAGCAGGUCAUCAUUAAUGCAGCUCACUACCUGGUUCUGGGGGACAAGAAGACCUACCACUUUGACCCAGAGGUGCCCUUCUUGCAGAUGGAUGACACCCGCUUAAAUCACGACGCCCUUCCAGAGCGCACAGUGAUCCAGCUGGAAUCCUCACCCAGGUACGUGGUACUGUUCAACCCACUGGAACAGGAGCGGCUCAGCGUGGUGUCCCUGCUGGUGAGCUCACCCCGGGUGCGCGUGCUUUCAGAGGAGGGUCAGCCCCUGGCUGUGCAGCUCAGCGCACACUGGAGCUCUGCCACCGACAUGGUCCCUGACGUCUAUCAGGUGUCUCUGCCUGUCCGCCUGCCAGCGCUGGGUCUUGGCAUCCUGCAGCUGCAGCAGGGCCUGGAUGGGCCCCGCACGCUGCCCUCUUCCGUGCGCAUCUACCUACACGGGCGGCCGCUGUCGGUCAGCAGGAAUGAGGUGUUCCCUCUCCGGGUCAUUGACUCGGGCACCAGUGACUUCGCCCUCAGCAACCGCUACAUGCAGGUCUGGUUCUCAGGCCUUACCGGGCUCCUCAAGAGUGUCCGAAGGGUGGAUGAGGAGCAGGAACAGAGGGUGGACAUGGAGUUCCUCGUCUAUGGCACCCGCUCAUCCAAAGACAAGAGUGGCGCCUACCUCUUCCUGCCUGACGGCGAGGCCAAGCCCUACGUCCCCAGGGACCCACCCGUGCUGCGCGUCACUGAAGGCCCUUUCUUCUCAGAGGUGGUUGCCUGCUACGAGCACGUUCACCAAGUGGUCCGGCUGUAUAACCUGCCAGGGGUGGAGGGGCUGUCCCUGGAUGUGUCGUCCUUGGUGGACAUCCGGGACUACGUUAAUAAGGAGCUGGCCCUGCGCAUUCACACGGACGUCGACAGCCAGGGCGUCUUCUUCACGGACCUCAAUGGCUUUCAGGUGCAGCCCCGACGGUAUCUGAAAAAGCUGCCCCUGCAGGCCAACUUCUACCCCAUGCCAGUCAUGGCCUACCUCCAGGACGCUCGGAACCGCCUCACGCUGCACACGGCCCAGGCCCUGGGCGUCUCCAGCCUCCACAAUGGCCAGCUAGAGGUGAUCUUGGACCGGAGACUGAUGCAGGACGACAACCGGGGCCUCGGCCAGGGGCUCAAGGACAACAAGAGAACCUGCAACCACUUCCGCCUCCUGUUGGAACGGCGAACCCUGGGCAGGGAGGUCCGCGAAGGCCCCUCUGCAAGCUACCCGUCCCUCCUCAGCCACCUGACGUCCAUGUACCUGAACACCCCUGUGCUUGCCCUGCCCGUGGCCAGGAGGCAGGCCCCCGGCCCCGCUCUGCGCUCUUUUCACCCUCUGGCCUCCUCACUGCCCUGUGACUUCCACCUGCUCAACCUGCGGACGCUCCAGGCCGAGGAGGAUGGCUUGCCCUCGGCAGAAACCGCGCUUCUCUUACACCGCAAGGGUUUUGACUGUGGCCUUGAGGCCAAGAACUUGGGUUUCAACUGCACCACAAGCCAAGGCAAGGUGGCCCUGGGGAGCCUCUUCCAUGGCCUGGACGUGGUUUUCCUGCAGCCAACCUCCUUGACCCUGCUGUACCCUCUGGCCUCGCCCUCCAAUAUCACUGAUGUCUACGUGGAGCCCAUGGAGAUCGCCACCUUCCGCCUCCGCUUGGGCUAG